CGGGCGCCCCGCGUUUGCCCUCCCUUCGCGGCCACCGUAGCGGGAGCGGCGCAGCCCCCGCGCCCGCCGCGCCGUACAUGCCCCGCGUCGCCCCGCCGCCCCCCGCCUGCCCCUCCCGCGCUCGGCGGCGGCAGCAGAUGGCGUGGCGGGGACCGACGCCACCGCUGCUGCUGCUGUGGGCGCUGCUGGGGCUGUUGAUGCCGGCGCUACCGGGGUUGGGCCCCGCUGGUGCUGCUGCUGCCGAGGAGGUGGCGGCGGUGAAGGAAUGCGACAAACCGUGCGCCAACGGCGGGCGGUGCCAGCCGGGAAGUGGGCAGUGCGAGUGCCAGCCCGGCUGGGUCGGCGACCAGUGCCAACACUGCGGGGGACGCUUCAGACUCACCGGACCUUCGGGCUAUGUCACGGAUGGGCCCGGGAAUUACAAAUACAAAACCAAAUGCACCUGGCUCCUUGAAGGAAGGCCAAACACAAUCCUCAGGCUUCGAUUCAAUCACUUCGCCACAGAGUGCAGCUGGGACCAUUUGUACGUGUAUGAUGGCGAUUCAAUUUACGCUCCCUUGUUGGCAGCUUUUAGUGGUCUCAUCGUUCCUGAGAAAGACAGCAAUGAAACUGUACCAGAAGUUGUAGCCACUUCUGGGUAUGCUCUUCUGCAUUUCUUCAGUGAUGCUGCCUACAACUUAACAGGGUUUAACAUCACGUAUAACUUCAAUAUGUGUCCCAAUAAUUGCUCCGGCCGAGGAGAGUGUAGGCUCAAUAACAGCAGUAACACUCUGGAAUGUGAAUGUGGCGGUCGCUGGAAAGGAGAAGCCUGUGAUAUUCCCUACUGCACCGAUGAUUGCGGGGCGCCUCAGAGAGGGCAUUGCAACUCGAAUGAUACGAAGGCGUGCGUGUGCUCGGCUGGCUGGCAAGGUCCUGGCUGUUCAAUUCCUGUUCCUGCAAACCACUCGUUUUGGACCCGGGAGGAAUACUCUCUUCCGAAACUUCCUCGAGCAUCUCACAAAACUGUAAUCCAUGACAAUAAAAUGUGGAUUGUUGGAGGCUAUGUCUUCAAUCAUUCUGACUCUCAGAAGGUUUUAGCGUAUGAUCUUAUUACUGAAGAGUGGCUUCCACUGGAGAACACUGUGAACACCGUAGAGAUGAGAUACGGUCAUUCGCUGGCAUUGCAUGAGGAUGAUAUUUAUAUGUAUGGUGGCAAAAUCGAUGCAACGGGGAACGUGUCCAGCCAGCUGUGGGUGUUCCACAUUUCUAACCAGACCUGGACUCAGGUGACACCGAAAGCCAAGGAGCAGUACGCUGUUGUUGGCCACUCGGCACACAUUGUCACCCUGCAAGAAAACAGAACGGUCAUGCUCGUCAUUUUUGGCCACUGCCCUCUGUAUGGGUAUAUCAGCAACGUCCAGGAGUACGACGUGUACACAAAGCAGUGGAACAUCUUGCAGACGAGCGGAGCUUUGGUGCAAGGAGGAUAUGGUCACAGUAGUGUUUAUGAUCCAAACACAAGAUCAAUUUAUAUCCAUGGAGGUUACAAAGCAUUCAGUGCCAACAAGUACAGGCUGGCAGAUGACUUGUACAAAUAUGAAGUGGAUUCCAAAAUGUGGACUGUUCUUAAAGACAGUAAAUUCUUUCGUUAUCUGCACACGGCUGUGAUCGUGAGUGGAACCAUGCUGGUGUUUGGAGGAAACACGCACAACGACACCUCCAUGAGCCAUGGCGCCAAGUGCUUUUCCUCGGAUUUUAUGGCCUAUGAUAUUGCUUGUGAUGCGUGGUCUGUCCUUCCUCGCCCGAGUCUCCAUCACGAUGUGAACAGGUUUGGACACUCAGCUGUUCUGUACAACAGCACCAUGUAUGUGUUUGGAGGCUUCAACAGUCUCCUCCUCAGUGACAUACUGAAGUACACGCCUGAGAGAUGUGAAGCUUUCGACAACGAAACGGCCUGCUUGCGAGCAGGUCCCGGCGUCAGGUGCGUGUGGGCCACCACCCCUCCUCGCUGCGUCCCCUGGGAAAUGGCGACUGUAGAGCAGCAGCAAAAGGUCUUUGAAGACUGCCCUCCCAAGCCAGCUGUAGACAAUGAGAAAUGUGAUCAGAUUACAGACUGCUAUAGCUGUACAGCAAACACAAACAACUGUCAAUGGUGCACUGACCAGUGUAUCUCAAUGCAUAACAACUGCACAGAGGAACAGGCUCCUAUCACUCGCUAUGGGAAUUGUCCUAAGGACAACCCUGCCUACUACUGUAACAAAAAGACAAGUUGCAAAAGCUGUGCCAUGGAUCAAAACUGUCAGUGGGAACCCAGGAAUCAGGAGUGUAUCGCUUUACCAGAAAACAUCUGCGGAACAAACUGGCAUUUGGUUGGCAACUCCUGCUUGAAAAUCACAAACGCCAAGGAGAACUACGAUCAUGCCAAACUGUUCUGCAGAUCCAACGGUGCUUUGCUAGCGUCCCUCACGACACAGAAAAAGGUAGAAUUUGUUCUAAAGGAGCUGCAGAAGAUGCAGGCGUCGCCCAAACCUGUGACUCCAUGGGUUGGACUGAGGAAGAUCAACGUGUCCUAUUGGUGCUGGGAAGACAUGUCUCCCUUCACUAACACCCUUGUCCAGUGGCUCCCCGAGGAACCAAGUGAUGCUGGGUUUUGUGGGUAUUUAGCCGAGCCUUCCAAUCAGGGGCUGAAGGCAGCGACGUGUAUUAAUGAAGUCAACGGGAGCAUCUGCGAAAGGCCAGCAAACCACAGCGCCAAGCAGUGCCGCACGCCCUGCGCCCUGCGGACGAUGUGCGGGGAGUGCACGAGCGGCAGCUCCGAAUGCAUGUGGUGCAGCAACAUGAAACAGUGCGUGGACUCCAACGCUUACGUGGCCUCCUUUCCCUACGGCCAGUGCAUGGAAUGGUACACCAUGAGCAGUUGUCCACCUGAAAACUGUUCAGGCUACUGCACGUGUGCUCACUGUUUGGAGCAGCCCGGCUGUGGCUGGUGCACCGACCCGAGCAACACCGGCAAAGGGAAGUGCAUCGAAGGCUCCUAUCGAGGUCCGGUCAAGAUGCCAACUCCAUCUGCAACAGGGAAACACAGCUUGGAACCUGUCCUUAAUGUCAGCAUGUGUCCUGUGGAGAACAGCUACAACUGGUCCUUUAUUCAGUGUCCAGCCUGUCAGUGCAACGGGCACAGUAAAUGUGUCAACGAAAGCAUUUGUGAGAAGUGCGAAAACCUGACAACUGGCAAACACUGUGAGACUUGUAUCUCAGGCUACUACGGCGAUCCUACUAAUGGAGGAACAUGCCAGCCUUGCAAGUGCAACGGCCACGCGUCUGUCUGCAACACCAAUACAGGGAAGUGCUUCUGUACCACCAAAGGAAUAAAAGGAGACGAGUGUCAACUGUGUGAAGUCGAAAAUCGAUAUCAGGGAAAUCCACUUAAAGGAACAUGUUACUAUACCCUUCUCAUUGACUAUCAGUUCACCUUCAGCCUAUCUCAAGAGGAUGAUCGCUAUUACACAGCCAUCAACUUUGUAGCAACACCCGAAGAGCAAAACCGAGACCUGGACAUGUUUAUCAACGCCUCUAAAAACUUCAACCUCAACAUCACUUGGUCCACAAGUUUUGCGGCUGGCACCCAGGCCGGGGAGGAAAUUCCAGUCAUUUCCAGAACCAAUAUAAAAGAAUACAAAGACAGCUUCUCCAAUGAGAAAUUUGAUUUCCGUAACAAUCCAAACAUCACUUUCUUCGUUUACGUCAGCAAUUUCACCUGGCCGAUCAAAAUACAGAUUGCAUUCUCCCAGCACAGCAACUUUAUGGACCUGGUACAGUUCUUUGUGACAUUUUUCAGUUGUUUCCUGUCUUUGCUCCUGGUGGCAGCUGUGGUUUGGAAGAUCAAACAGAGUUGCUGGGCAUCGCGACGAAGAGAGCAACUACUCCGUGAGAUGCAACAGAUGGCAAGUCGCCCCUUCGCCUCCAUCAACGUUGCCUUAGAAACAGAUGAAGAGCCGCCGGAUCUCAUUGGGGGAAGCAUAAAGACUGUACCAAAGCCGAUAGCGCUGGAGCCCUGCUUUGGAAACAAAGCAGCCGUUCUCUCUGUAUUCGUGAGGUUGCCUCGAGGACAUGGGGGUAUUCCACCACCAGGACAGUCAGGUCUUGCGGUGGCCAGCGCGCUGGUGGACAUUUCACAACAGAUGCCAAUUGCCUACAAAGAGAAAUCGGGUGCAAUACGAAAUCGGAAACAGCAGCCCCCUGCACAGCCAGGAACCUGUAUUUGAUGCAUGGACAUCAGAAACUCUCUAGGGUUUUAAAAAAAAAACGGGAAAUUAAUACCGAGAAGGAGGAGAAAGAUUUCCAAGUUGUGUCACAAGAGACUGGAAGCGCUCGGAAAAAACACACAACUUCCUUGAACCCAACUUUUUCUCUCAUCUACGUGAUAGUUGGCUUGAUUUGACAACUGUUCCACUUAAGUUUUCUUGACACGUGGCUUCAGAUUGCUCCUUUUGUUUUCUUCAAGGUUAAAGUAAAAUGAUUUUAUUGCAGGUCCCGUAACAUCCAAUCACCACCAUUCAUGGUCAGUGUAAAUAGAACGUUAGUCCGAUAUGAAUGACACUCAGGUUUAUACAUGGAAAGUGCUUUGUAGUUCAUGUAUUUAUCAAACUGUACAAAAAGAAAACGAUGCAGUCUUUACAGGGGUCAGCUCUCAACACAUAAAACACUACUAUUAAUCUUCAAAGCAUCUUCAUCCUUUGUUUUCAUUUAAUAUUAUGUUUACCCUCAUUAUUUAAGUGGAACUCUCUUCCAGAUACAGCGUUUUUGUAAUCGUUGUGGUCCAGAACAUCAGGAAUGAGAAAGGGAUGGUUUAAAGAUUGACGUUGCCUUGCUCAGACCGCGUGCAAUACCUGGAGAAGUUGAACGUUGCUUCUGAAGGACUCGGUGUUUACAUAGUCUUAACUUGCUUGGAGUACACCACACACAAGUGCCUAGACUUGAACAGAUCUAGGGAGUGAGGAGACUGCUACACACAUUAAUAUAAGUAUAUUCCUUUUAAAUACGUGUACACACACCCAAAGUCACCCAAGGCAAUCUCUGUUCUUUGUAAUAUACCACGUACAGUCAGGGGAUGACAGCACGUUCCUGACCAACAAACUACUCAACUAGACGGGAAUAUCUGGAGGGAAAGUAGAGUUCUAGUAUCUCAUAAGAAAACUGGUUUCACCAGUGCUUUUAACAGAAGCAGUUUGUGUUCCAGGUCAGAUACAUUAUAUUUCUUCUGAGUUUCUUUGCCCAUUUGGCCUCUUUCCCUCCCCUUUCCCUCCUGCCUUUCUUCUGGAUGAGAGUUGAGUUGUGCCGGAGCUCAGAGGCAGAAAGAUUUGCUCCAUCUCCUUACAGGGUGGGAAAAGCAACACUAUGGGUGCCAGCUCAUUUGAGGAUGGAGGAAAAAAGAACUUUAAAUUAAAAGCAAGCAGAGCAGCUUUGUUUGGCCACAAGAUUGAGGUCACGAUCAGUGAUAUUUCCCAUUAGAGUUGAACUCUCUUAGAUGUUGGAAGAGGUGGUUUGGUGGUGAAAGGAAAGGACUUGCAAACAGCAAAGAGAAGGCUUGGCUUUUGGGGGAUGUACUGAAACAUCCGAUGUGCUCGGACUCAUUGGGAUUAUGCUUUGGGGUUCAAGGGUGGAUUUAACCCAUCAGUCUGUGCACGUUGGUGCCCAGUGUCUCCCUGGAUUCUGGAAUGUGAGGCAGUGCCAGGACCACGUGAAGUUGUGGUGUUGAAGCUGGUAGGAAGAUGUUAUGCGAAGGUGCCAAACGAGACGUGUGAUUGUUACUUAAUCACAGUAAAUGCGAUUUCAUUGAGGCUGCCGAGUCACUGGCUUCUGAUGAGGACAUAGAGUAUUUAUGACACGGAGAAGUAACAGGUCGAGGGCUGUGAAGGGAAGUGCUCUUGAAACUUCUGGCCAAGUAGCACCUUCUUCCAAAGUGAAAUCCAAGUAACUGCAUUCUUUUUUGUGCACGUUUUGGUGAUGGAUUACAUAUCAGCCACUCAUUUUUGGUUGUUUUGAGUUUAUAACGAUGUAUUUUGAAGAAGCUCAUUGGAGCGCGGUAGCAUCGCAAUAAAGAUGUGAAUUGCAGUGCAUGUCCGGACAAUGGUGAUGGGGAACAACCUGCUGGUUUAAAGACCGCAGUGGAUUAUAAUUCCGAUUUAAUGUGUCAUUUAACAAAUCCAACA